AUGGCCGAAGCGCAUGAUCCAAGAGCAGACACCGAAGUCACAGACAUAGACAAUGAGCUCAAUGAGAGAUCGCUACUCCGCAAGCUGGAUGGGAGGCUCCUACCUGCAGUUGGCGUCCUGUAUCUUCUCUCAUUUCUAGAUCGUAGUAAUGUUGGAAAUGCCCGUAUUGAGGGCAUGGUGAAUGACCUGCAUAUGACGGGUAAUCAGUAUCUUACUGGGCUGACCGUUUACUUUAUUGGUUAUGUCCUCUUUGAGAUUCCUUGCAACGUUAUACUCAAAAAGACAAGCCCACGUUUAUGGCUUCCAACACUGACAAUUGCAUGGGGCAUUGUCGCCACGCUUCUCGGGGUAGUUCAGAAUCUUCCGGGAUUCCUUGUCGCCCGAUUUUUUCUUGGUGUGACUGAAAGCGGGCUCUUUCCCGGCGUUGUCUUCUAUCUGUCGAUGUGGUACAAGCGCAGAGAGCGACAGUAUCGUAUUUCUUUGUUUUUCAGCGCAGCGUCACUUGCGGGCGCAUUCGGUGGCAUAUUGGCAUAUGGAAUCGGCAAGAUGGCAGGCGUCGUUUGGAGCAAUGGAUGGCGUUGGAUUUUCAUACUGGAGGGAAUUGCGACAGUUAUUGUAGCCGCUAUUUCGUACUGGUUUAUCGAAAACUAUCCCGAUACCGCCGACUUUCUCACCAAAUCCGAGAGGGAGCUCAUUCAAACGAGGUUGGCCGCAGACUCCGACGCCAUGAUGAAGGAGGAGUUCAACUGGGCUGCUGUACUUGAAGCAAUUCGAGACCCAAACUGUUGGCUAUAUAGCUUGGGCUUUCAUACAAUGAGCCUACCACUCUACACACUCUCCUUGUUCUUGCCGACAAUCAUCAGCAAUCUCGGAUAUACAGCAGCAAAGGCACAGCUACUGACGAUUCCUCCCUAUGCAGUGGCAUUUGUCACCACAGUAGCAGUCGCCAUUGCAUCAGAAAGGCUGGGCAAAAGAGCCGUGUUUCUCGCUGGCUCCUCUCUCAUAGCCGCCAUCGGAUACAUCAUUCUGCUAGCAAACACUGACCCCGUUGCUCGACCUGGCGUGUCAUACGCGGGCACCUUCCUCGCCGCCGCAGGGAUCUACCCAUCAACGGCCCUUGUUCUUUCGUGGCCCGCAAUCAAUGUGUCUGGGCAGACAAAGAGGGCGAUCGCAAACGCCAUGCAGAUCAGCAUCGGAAACCUAGGGGCUGUUUUGGGGACACAGCUAUAUCGAGCAAAUGACGGACCGAGGUUUGUUGUCGGGCAUUCAAUGGCCCUAGCAUAUCUAUGUGCAAAUGCCAUUGUGGCUUGUUAUAUUGGAUGGCGAUUGAAGGCAGAAAACAAGGCCAGAGCAGAUAUCUCACCAGAGGUCGAGAAUGUGGGCGAGGCGGUCGAUUGGAAGGGUGACAAAGAUCCACGGUGGCGGUUUUCUUACUAG